AUGAAGCUUUCUCCUCCAGUUGAAGACGGUCCUGUCACGAGCUGCAAUUGCUCAAUCUGUGCGACCAACGGCUAUCUGAUGGUCUACCCACUCGAGUCCAACAUCACGUGGAUCAGUGGCUUUGAUUCCAUGACCAAGUACACAUUCGGUAAACAGCGUAUUGCACAUACGUUCUGCUCGACCUGUGGUACCAGUAUCGGCGGGAAGAGCACCGACCCUAACUUCUUUGCGGACAAUCGGGCUGUUAAUGUGCGAACUCUCAAAGGCGUCGAUGCUGAUGCGCUCAAGUUGAGGAAGGUCAACGGACGUGCCAGUUAG